CCCGGAGGGCUGCGAACUAUUACUCCCGGCAGGCCUUGUGGCGGCCCCGGGUACACAAGCACUGGGGGCUGGGGGGCAGCCUGGGCCAACUUAGCUGUGGGACCUGUGGGACGCUGCGUGUGAUCCGGCGGUGGCUGGGCUGCCUCGCUUGACUACCGCACACAUUCAGACCGACUGACUGACUGGGUUCCUCAGGGUUCCCCGCACCCCAGUCCCAGCAUGGGCUGGCAAGUGGAGGGUUAGCGGGGACACAGCAGCCCAGGCAGAAUCUGGAAGAGGCCGGGGUCCGCGGCAGCCUCCCCGAGCAAGGGGGAUGGAAUGACAGGAACGCGACUGGUAGCCUCUGGGAGGGAAGGCAGGAUUCCGGCUCCGGAAGCCCGGAAUAUGACUCAAGACCUGCCUUUGCUUGCGGUGCAGGAGGCCCUGAGGAAGUGCUUUCCCGUGGUGGAGGAGCAGCAGGGCCUGUGGCAGAGCACUCUGCGGGACUGCCAGCCCCUCCUGGUCUCCCUCAGCAACCUGGCAGAACAGCUGCAGGCCGCGCAGAACCUGCGGUUUGAGGAUGUGCCGUCACUUCGGGCCUUCCCAGACUUACAGGAGCGGCUCAGGCGCAAGCAGCUGGAGGCUGGCGACACUGUCCUGGACAAGCUAGCGGAGAGGCUGGUCACCCUCCUCAAGGUGAGUGACACGGUCAGCAGCCACGUGGAGCGAGUAUUUGAGAUCUAUGAGCAGCAUGCAGACACAGUUGGCAUUGAUGCUGUCCUGCAGCGUUCAGUUGUGAGCCCCUCUGUGGCUGACAUGUUGGAAUGGUUGCAAGAUAUCGAGAGACAUUAUCGAAAUUCAUAUCCUUUGUACCUGAAGAGAAAGUACCUCCUCUCCUCAAUCCAGUGGGGAGACUUAGCAAACAUCCAAGCUUUGCCCACGGCCUGGGACCGAAUUUCAAAAGAUGAACCGCAAGACCUUGUACAAGAUAUCCUAUUGAAUGUUUCCUUCUUCCUGGAAGAGUAAGGAAGAUAUGUGUUUAUCUGGAGACCAGGGGCACCACAGUUGAAGACUGACAUUGCUGCACUCUGGUAUUUCUAAAGAAGUUCCAGUGUUUCAACCUGACAUAUUUGAAAUACCAAGCCUAGAACCUACGGACUGGGUCUCGGGAGGAUUGGUGCUCAAUGUCUCCAAUGUUGGAGCUUUUCCGUGCUAGCCCAUGACUGAGAGUACAUCGACCACCUCUUGAUCUUUUCUGAGGCUCAAGGAAGUGGAUGGAGGCAAAGAGAAAGCAGAGAGGAAAGGCGAAAUUGAGGAACAUGAUGCCUUGGUAUCUGUCAUAAGGCCCAAAACGGCAAGGAAAGAAAGCACAGGAGGUAGAGAGGCACUGCCAUUGUGUCAUACAAAGUGCUGAGUCUGGUUUACACCAGCUCCUGGUUUUGUGUAUUUGUGUCAGUGCCUGAAUCCUUGAUGAAUGAGAAAGUGGUUUUGCUGAUUUAAAUAUAUUAGGGUGAUAUUGGUGGAAAAUAAAAAAAUUUUGGCCAGUGGUGAUAGUCCCUCAUCAUCAAGCCAGUUUCUGUUUCCAGAGCCUGCCAGCAGGGGGAGGUGGUGCAGCAUGGAUUCUUCUGAUGCUUUGUCUCUGAAGAGUGGUCCCUUACUGCCGAUGCCCUCUUGGAGGAUGCAACUGGCAUUAGAUACCCAAAAUGACAGGUUUUUUGGCCAAAUUUGGCAUCUGACUCACCACAUUCCUCUGAGUGUGGUAUAGCUGCACGGGGCGGGGUGGGACGGGACCAGCCCUGAGUUAGGUGAUCAGGGUUACAUUUCUGAGCCCAGGGCCUUCGUCUGUGCAAUGGUUAAGUUACUUUCAGACCAUGCAGCUUUGCAGGAUGUUGGAGAAAUCUCAAUCAUGGGGGGGCGGGGCAAAAAAAAGGAAAAAUCUCAAUCAUUGAACAUAAAGGGGCUUAAUAAAGAGUAGGUAUUUUUAAAAUGAAAA